AUGGACAGCGCAUCCGAUUCUCAGGGUAGUAAACGCCCAAGGUCUUUGUCAGGCACUAGUCCCGACGCCGUUCAGGCGAAUGCGCAAGUGGGCGGGUCGCCCAUACGAUCACCACCCAAGAACCGCGUCAAGAGGGAGAAUACAUCGACUCCGCCGCCGAAGACAUACUGCAACUUGUCGUCACCAGCCUCCGCCGUUACAUCCAUACAGAGCAAUUCUCAACGCCCGAUGUCACAGUCCUCCCUCAGUUCCAUCCCUGAAAGCGACCCAGUUGAUCAGGCGCCUGCAACACUGGAGCAACAAGACGACACAGGGCGAGAAGACGACAGCAAUAUUAAUCCCCUCACACGGAAGAUGACCCCUCCUCUAGACGAGAAUUUCUCUCGUUGGUCCUACCAGAAACCGAUGGCCGAAUUGGCUUCACCCACUGGCAGCAAGUGCCUGGUAACAAACCUAGCAAACUCGACGGUUAUUGAAGGGGGCCAUCUAGUAGCGCACAGAAUGCACGCUAACGGACUCAACACGCAUCUCUUCGAGGAUGCAUGGGGACCGGGAAAUCCGAUAGCUAGCAGGUACAAUAUGAUCAUGUUAAACGUUACAUUCCACCGGUUUUUUGAUGGACCGAAUUGGGGAUGGAUGCUUAUCCCUGAGCCAAAAGUUGUUCAGGAACUUUACGAUCUAUGUGAAAAGAGAAGAACUGAACGUAAAAAUAAAGUCCAGGGGAGCACGUCGGAGCAUUCGGAAGGGCUUAAGGGACCUGCCAUUAACGAGUACUUCCGCACGCGCAUCACGCGUUAUUAUCUCGUGUCGCUGAGGGAGCGCAUGCUGGACUGGCCGAUUGAGCGGUAUGAGACACAUGAAGCUGUUACCGAGGAGGCCACCUUCCAGGCUACUGACAAUUCUCCUUCCGUCGCCCACUUGCAAGGUGAUGGCUUUGAUACGGAGGAAGUUAUCGUAGACCCCCACGAUUUACUUCGCGCUACCACCCCUGAUGCAACUGACGGCGCCUCUAAAAAUGGCGACACGCGUUCCUCACCUCAAAGCCAUUCGGAUAUCACUGG